GAAGAAGAAGAAGACGAUCAGGAAAAGCCUGGUAACCCCGCCUCCGGUGGACUCGGGCCAUUAAAUGAAGCGCACCAGUCGCUUGCUAACGCCGUGUGGAGCAGCCGGGUGGCGGCGUGUUUAUCACACACCCGAACCGCCGAAGAAUUAAAGGCCAUCUUUGUGAAUAUUAUUUGGUUUGAAAUCGAGUCUGCGUCGUUGGAUUCCGUCUCGACCCCGGAGAGGAGCCCAGCUAUGGCUCAUCUCACCCAAAACCCCGCAGAUAAAGAGAGGUUCGUCUGUCUCUAUCCGGUCUACAUCAACAGUAAGAAGACUCUGGCUGAAGGACGCAGGAUUCCCACAGAGAAGGCGGUGGAGAAUCCGUCCUGCGCUGAGAUCAAAGACGUCCUGACGGCUGCAGGGAUGAACGUCCUAGUGGAGAACAAGUUUCAUCCCAGAGAGUGGAACAGAGACGUCCAGUUCAAAGGUCGGGUCCGGGUCCAGCUGAAACAGGCCGACGGGAGCCUCUGUCUGGACAAGUUCUCGUCCCGUAAAGACGUGAUGUUCUACGUGGCAGAGAUGAUCCCCAAACUAAAGACUCGGACGCAGAAAGGAGGAGGAGGCGAAACCAGCUCCCAGCAGGGGGAGGGAGGGAAGAAGAGCAAGAAGAAGAAGAAAUAGAAGAAAUACACUUCAUUUCUUUUCAAGCUUUAGUUUUAAAUUUACAGAACAUUGGACAGAAUCAAACCCUGAACCCGUGUGAGGUUUUUGUCUUUAAAGGGUUUGUUGAUCAUUUCAUUCAGCUGCAGGCGUCACCUGAUGGAAGAUGUUUCUGUUUUAUUCAUCAUCCUCAUCCACGUUUUGUUGACUUAAUUUUUGCCUCCGUGAAGACGAAUAAAUGGUUUGUUUUCUCACA